AUGAACCGCCAUGAGCUCAAGCAAGUCUCACCCGCGUCUCUGCGCGAAAUAGAGAACCCAUCCGAGGAGAAUAUUGAUGAUGUUAACCUGGCGCGCAUGGGGAAGCGCGCUGUGCUUCGGAGGAACUUUGGAUUGAUGUCAAUCCUGGGCUUCAGUUGCACCAUUCUCAUCACCUGGGAGGGUAUAACAGCAUUAUUCAUACAGGCGUUUCAGAAUGGUGGGCCCGCUGGUUCUGUAUACGGCUUCCUUUUUGUCUGGGUUGGUAUCACUACAACAUUUGUCGUCCUUUCAGAGCUCGCUUCAAUGGCGCCCACGGCUGGAGGACAAUAUCAUUGGUGUUCGAUGCUCGCACCUCAGUCGAGCAUGAAGCUCUCCAGUUAUAUCACAGGUUGGCUCACUGUCAUUGGAUGGCAAGCCACAUAUGCCACCGCCAUUUACCUCAAUGGGACUUAUAUCGCAGCAAUGAUUUCACUUACCCAUUCCGAUUACGUCCCACAAGCAUGGCAUAUGACUUUAUACUCCUAUGCAACUGCACUAAUUGGCCUCGGUGUAAACUGUGUAGGAGGCAAGCUUUUGCCUCGUUUUGAGGGCACCAUUCUAAUUCUCCACAUUCUUGGAUUCUUUGCUAUCCUGAUCCCAUUGACCUAUAUGGCGGACCAUAAACCUGCCAAGGAAGUUUUCACUCAUUUUAUAAACGAAGGCCAAUGGCCGUCUCAAGGUCUCUCGUUCUUCAUUGGGCUGAUUGGUCCUGUAUUUGCAUUCGCCGGUGGCGAUGCUGCGGUUCAUAUGGCAGAAGAGAUUUCCAACGCUCCUAUUUACGUACCAUGGUCAUUAAUGCUCACUGUCCUGAUCAACGGGUCACUCGGAUUUGCCAUGCUCCUCGCCUUGCUAUUCUGUCUUGGUGAUAUCGACAAAGCUCUCCAGGAUCCCACUGGGCUGCCCUUUAUAGGUAUAUUCCUACAGGCAACAUCAUCUAUACCAGGCACAGCAGUCAUGGCUUCAAUUAUUAUCGUAAUGUGUUUCUGUACUUCGGUGGGCAUGCUUGCCUCAACAUCCCGUCAAUUCUGGUCUUUCUCCCGUGAUCGGGGAAUUCCUGGUUGGAAAUUAUGGAGCCAAGUAACCUCGCGUACGGCAAUCCCAACAUAUACUGUCAUUUUGACUACCACCAUCUCAUGCCUCUUGAAUCUAAUCAAUAUUGGCUCCAGCGUGGCAUUCAACAGCCUAGUAUCCAUGUCCACAUCGGGCCUCUAUUUUUCAUACAUGGCUGUUGCCGGUCUCCUCCUCUACCGCCGUUGCACCGGUGGAAUAUUGAAUAGAAACAGUAUUCGCAGUGGACAAGGCUCCGGGUCAGAAAUGAUUAUAAACACGGCAGGGGCUCAGCUGAUCUGGGGCCCAUUUCAUAUUCCAGGCAUCUGGGGCAUCAUCAUCAAUACGUUCUCCUUAGUAUACAUGCUCAUUGCGACUUUCUUCAGCUUUUGGCCUCCCAAUAACCAUGCCGAUGUGCAGUCGAUGAAUUAUAGCGUGGUAGGGACCGGAGGCACUAUUAUCUUAAGCCUCUUAUAUUAUUUCAUUCGCGCCAGGAAGGUUUACUCGGGACCUGUGGUGGAAAUAUAA